UCGUAUCUCUCCUUCGGCAUAAAGGCUCACCCAGUCGCCCCUCUUUUUUUUCUUCCCUCCAUCCUCCCCGCUCUCCCAUCUCUUCGCUCUUCGUUCCAACGCAAUUCAAUUCAAUGACUCCCAGCAGCGUUUUGCUGCUGCCGCUUCAAUCAUGACGGGCCGGGUUCCCAAUGUCUGGGCCGCCAUUAUCAUUCCUGUGCCUGCGAGUGCGCUCGCGCUGAUUCUUAGGAUCAAGGCGCGGCGCAUGACUAAGAUGGGCGUUGGCUAUGACGAUGCCUUGUCAAUCGCUGCUUGGUUUGUGGCUCUUGGUUAUGCAAUUCUUCUCGUCGUGUGGACGACAUGUUAUUACAUGGGUCGCAAAAUCGGUCACUUUCCCGAAGACAAGAUCGAUCACAUCCUCGAGAAAUCCCACCAGAUUCUCUUCACCAGCGAGAUCCUGUACUCAUGGUCCAUCUUCCUCAGCAAGAUGUCCGUGCUCACCUUUUACCGUCGCAUCUUCCAGUUCUCAUCUAUACGCGUCCCUAUUAUUAUCUUGAUGGUAUGCUGUGGAUGCUGGAUCACCAUCCGGACCUUCAUGACCAUCUUUCACUGCAUGCCUGUGCAGGCGUACUGGGAUAAGUCGAUCGAUGGGAAGUGCAUGAAUAAUAUCGGGCAAUAUUAUCUCGGGACUGAUUUGACUCAUUGUUUGAUGGAUUUUAUUAUUCUGGCGCUGCCGUUGUUUGAGGUUGUGAGGAUGAAGUUGAUACUGGGGCAGAAGAUUGCUGUCAUUGGUAUUUUCAGUCUUGGUUCAUUGGUCGGCAUUGCUUCCAUCUUUCAGAUCGUCGAAGCUCAGAAAUACACCUCCAACUCACGAGAAUUCCCCUACGACUUUUCCCUCGCCAUGGUAUGGGCCAACGUCGAAGUCCACCUCGCCGUCUUCACCAGCUGUCUCGCUCUUCUCCGCCCUAUAUUCCGCAAAUUCAUCCCAGGCCUCUCCUCCGGCAACACCACCUAUCCCGCCAACGGCCUCAGCCACGCCUCAAACACCUACACCAACUCCAUCGCCCUGCGCCGAUCCCGCAGCCCACGGGACGUCGAGGAGGUCAUUGAGGGCCAGCGUGCGUACGCCUAUUUGGACUACGACGCAAUCAGCUUGCCAGGCGCCAAAGACGUCAACUCCAUAUCGCGGCUGCAGCAGCGUGAACACCAUACACCUAGCAUGACUGAUUCUGGCGGUAGAGGUUCCCUGUCGUCGCAGAAAAGUGCCCGAUGAUGAAAUUUCCUUGUGAUCUGUAAUAUUGAUACCUUGAGCGUUUUUGUUGUAUAUAUACCUCGGUGUGUUUUGACUCAUUUGAGCUUUGUUGAUUGAUACCCCCCUUUUCAUUUCUGAGCGUUCAGUACCGGAUACUCUGGAAGUUGCCAGUUGGCAAUCUUGGAAUCAAGGCCCAUUCCUUGAUCUAGCCUGAACCACGAUGCCAGUUUCCCCAGCGUGUGAAGCAUCUGCACCCCAAACUGCGUCUUUGGCGCAAAGACCGCUCUAGCGAAUGCGCUUUGCUCGCCCUGCAUACAUGUCGCUAUCGGUCGAAAGACCUCCUCAUAUUUCUUGACGCCCUGCACGACUCCCUUGCUGGGAUCUUGCUUGUGCAGAGUCGCUACUUCGCCGGCGAGGAUGUACGAUCCGACGAUACCCCAUGUUGUUCCGAAGCCAUUUGCAGUCUGAGCAUGCGCUGCGUCGCCGAGGGCUACGACACGGCCUUUGGACCAUGAUCCCGGCGGAAGUCGAACUUCUUGGCAGGGCGUGGAGUACAGAUCAUCUGCCUCUGGUGAAUUCUUCAACGCUUCCAUGAACCGAGCGCUCUCCCAUUUCCCAUCUGCAAAGACAUCCGCCCAUGCAGCUUUGAGAUGAUCUAGCUUUCCUGACUUGUGCGCCGCUGCCAGCCCCUCGUUCUGACUCUGUAUGUUCAUGUACACGCGCGUCAUGUCCGGGCUGUCCUUUCUUGUACCGAGCCAGCGCGAGCCAGGCAUAUGGCAGAAUGUGAAGCGGUUUGUGUCGUGUGGUUUUGAAAGGGUGCUGAAGAAGCCGAUGUAGCCACCGAGGAAAUGUCGUGGGUCGGGUGCAUCAGGCCCAAGCAUGAGCUGUCGUGUUCUGGAACCCGUGCCAUCAGCAGCGACGACGAGAUCAAAGUCGCCUUUCUGACCAUCGUCAAACCCGACAUGAACCUUUCCAUUCGGAUCACUCUCAUCAUCCUGCGUCAAGCUCGCAACACUUGUUCCAAAGCGAUGCUUCACAUUCUGUUUAUCCCGCGUAAGCCCCAACAGGAUAUUCACAAGAUCACCACGCAUAAUCUCAUACUCAGUUGUAACACUCUGAUGCCCCCUCCCGCUCUCAACCGUCGGAAAAAACACCUUUGUCCGACCAUUCGUAUCAAUCAUCUGCGUCCCAACUUCAUGAACAUGCUUAGCGCGAAUCGCAGGCUCAAUACCCAUCUUCUUCAUGACAGCCACACCUUGAUGACGAAGGUCGAGCUGUUGGCCGUUCGUUCUGGGUUUGGGGGAGCGCUCGAUGAGGGUGAUUUCUGCGCCGGUGCGGGAGAGCCAGUGGGCUACUGAGGGGCCGGCGAUGCCUCCGCCUACAACGAGAACUUUGAGUGUGGGCAUUUUAGCAAACGAUGGAAAUAGUCGGUUAUGAAUGAUGAGGAAUUGAUCUGAUAACUUUAAUUUGCGAGAUGAAGUCUAAAUACACAGUGAUAUCGGUGAUUUGCACCGGCUUAUUUGAGGUGAAAGGCCCGUCUUACGCCAAUACACCGAGAUGAUGGUGCAGCCAACACGCAAUGUUUCGCAAAAAAGCCACUCAAUUCAGCCA